AAAAUAGGCAGAAAAACAACAGAAACUACGAGAAGAAUUAUUCUGAUUUUUUUUAUGGGCAUGUUCACGGAGCAAUACCUGAAAUAUGUAGAACGGAUAUCUCUCUGUCGAAAGUCCCUCCCCCGCUUUCACCUCUCCCCGUUAAGCCCCAUGUACCUGACAGUCCCUCCCAUAACGCUCACUUGGAGCAUCUCAAGCGAGGUGGGAUCCCAGCCCAUGGGCGUGCCUUAUCAGUAACUUUACUAAAAGGUGCGGCAAGCUGCCAAAGUAAUCUUUUGUAAAGCCUCCUGACUGAGUCCUCGUUGCUUUUCCAAGUUUCUGACCUAACCUCAAACCGAAGGAAAAUGUCUGUGUGGGAUGAUCUGGAUCUGAUGUUGGACUCUCCAACGCCCUCGCUGUCUGUAGCUUCCAGUGCGAGGGGAACUGUUAAGGCCAGUGCAAAUUUCAAAAUGGCAGAUGACGUAUCAGUGUUGAGGAAAGCCAUGGAGGGCUUGGGCACCACUGAGAAGAAACUGGUCGACGUUCUGACCCAGAGGAGCAACGCCCAGCGGCUGCUCAUCAGUGAUGCGUAUCAGAAGGCCACGGGCAGGGCCCUGAUAGACGACCUGAAGAGUGACACGGGUGGAGACUUUGAGGAUGUUCUGGUUGCCCUGGUAACCCCUCCUGAUGUCUACGACUGUCGGGAGAUCAUCAGCGCCAUUAAGGGGGCUGGGACCACAGAAAGUGUCCUGACGGAAAUGUUUGCCUCCAGAACUAACAAACAGAUAGUUGCCUUUAGCGCUGCGUAUCUGGCCGAAACGGGAAAGGCUUUGUCGCACGAUCUCCAGUCAGAGGUAUCGGGGGAAUACGGAAAAGCCCUGAUAUUGCUGUCUGAGGGGAAGAGAGACGAGAGCACCAAAGUCGAUGCGGCCAAAGCCAAGGCGGAUGCUAAGAUCCUCUAUGAAGCCGGGGAGAAGAAAUGGGGCACAGAUGAGAGCAAGUUUGUGGACAUCCUGUGCCACAGCAGCGUCCCCCAGCUCCGGCAGACCAUGGUGGAGUACAAGAGCAUCAGCAAGAAGAGUCUGCAGGAGAGCAUCGAGGGGGAGAUGUCCGGGAAUCUGGAGGAUCUCCUGGUCGCCAUAGUGAAGUGUGCGAAGAGCACCCCCACCUAUCUAGCAGAGAGGCUGUUCAAGGGGAUGAAGGGCCCGGGAACGACUGAGUCCAUCCUGACCAGAAUUAUAGUGAGCCGCUCAGAGCUGGACUUGCUCGAUAUCAGAGCGGACUACAAAAAGCUGUUCGGCACCUCCCUCUACUCUGCUUUAACGUCUGAGGUUUCCGGGGACUAUGGUGAAUGUCUGAAGCGUCUCUGUGGUGGAGAGGACUGAAGACACGUUUGAUGAGGAACAUAUGACCCGUUGUAACCCCUGCAAUGAGGAUUAUGACAGGAGAUGGCAGCCAUUGCUGCACUAAUGUUUGUGCUUGUGUCUAUGAUUAAGUGUUGAACGAACGCAUAAGUCAAAAUGCUGUUGACAAAUGUGUCGAUGUUUGAGAAAUACAAUCACUAAGCUCUGAUAAAUAAUUGUCAUCUUUCUAACCAACAUGGUAAUAUUGAAUGUUUUUCAUCUAAAAUAACGUUAAAAAAAAAAACACCACAACCACAAGAUCGACUUUAUAAUUUAAUUACAAAACCUCCUUUCCCAAUCCGACGGACAUGUUUGAGCAUAUAAAAAUGACGGGUUAGUGAUAUAAAAACAGUUACUUGGUAACUUUACUAAUGUUGCUAAAGCCAACUCCUACGCAGGUCAUCAGCACCUUCUCCCCUCCCUUCCUCUCGUCUUCCAGCGGUGGCUUGGCCUCCAUCUUGAACAUGAUCUGGAAGAAGUCUCUAAUAUGGCGGAGGAAUUCAACCCUAGACAAAAGAGUCACAGAGGAAAGGUUUCAAAUCGUCAGCAUGAAGUCAAGACUUGGCUGUAUGUAGGAUUGAAUUGGCAAGCGAUAUUCCUGAACCAGGAUACUUGCAUGUGACUCCACAAAUCCUGUGACAAUAACUAAGUAAACAACAAAUACGAAGAGAUCAAUUGGUCAACAUGUCAUUACACUAGGGGAGAAGCAUAUCAAUUUUCUUCCUACAAAGGUAAACAAUACGUUUUUCUCCUUAAGACUACAUGUUUGACUAAAUAUAUGAAAACAGAAUCAAUCAAGUUCCUAUCUUAAAAGUGACCCUGGUUGACCAUUGGUAGUACUCAUAGGACAGACAACGAGUGGUGCCUUGCGAUGGCACUGCCAAUCUUCAGUUAUCAUAGUACUGUACUUUAGAAGGACACAGCACCGGUACCAUGAUAACUGAAAAUGGACAGUUCAUAGUCCUUGUGGUGCGCUCGGUCCCUGGCCCAGCUGGGAGCGGGUGUGGCGAGGCUUGCAUCUGGCCCGUUGGCCCCCACCGCCACAGUUCAACAUCUCUCAUAUACUUUAAGAAUGAUCUCAAACAGAAAAACAACCAAAUAUUUAUAUUACCCUGAGCUAUGCAGCAUUAAACAACAAUUAAUAUAAUAAAAUGUUAGUUACAUUUUCGAGAUAAAUUACCAAACCAAUGAAAUUAAUUCAAACACAUUUUCUGCUGAUCCGACUACUCGUUUUAGUGCCCGGGUAAAAUUAAACCAAAAACAUUAGUCUCCAUAGAAGCAGUUGCGCAACUACCACUAUGAUGGAAUGACAACAACAUGAAGCCGAAGCAGUUUGUUUUUCCAGCCUUCUGUUUAUCGGAGCGCUUGUGUGGGUGCGCAACUUACGUGUAGGGAGAGAGUGGACCGAGCAGCACCUUUGACACAUCCUGUUGGCCUAAGGUCAUGAAGAGCAACGCCAGGCUCUGAUUGGUCGAAUCGACACAGCCGCCCUGAACAAAACAAGGGGGGGAAUAGAGGGGCUAUUGCGUCAGCAGCAGCAACAACCAAAAAUUAAACAAACCUACGUCAGAAGGUUUGAGAGCUUUCCCAGGAAAGGACUCGUUCACCUUUCUUGCAAAUCGAUAACGAUGCACGCGAACCACAAUCAUAGAAAAACACAGCGUCACUAAAGAGGCUGGAGGUCAUUACACCCAAGAGACUGGCCUCCCCAAUACACACAGGAGAAAGUUUGUUUUUAAAGGGUUCAUCUUUCGAAUCACAAUGAGGGCCUCUGUUUUGGAGGAGGAGUUGCCAACUUCGUCUUUCCUCUCCAUUAGACACACGUGUUUCAUUCACUGCAUUGAUCACUAAUUAAAACCUGAACUAUUUCUGUCCUGGCGACGCGACGCACAAGGAGA